CUUAAGGGUCUAAUUUUGAUUUUUCAAUCAAUUCGAUAGAAAUUUAAAAAGGAACAAUUAGUUUACCUGUUCUCAAUGUUCUAGAUUCUUUAAGUUUCGAUUCAACAACAAAAAAAAAUGGAGUAUGGAAGAUCGAAUAAGGGGGAGUGAUGAAAUUAGGGUAAUGAAAUAGGGAAUUUGUGUUUUUAAAAAAGAAGGAAAUUUGGAAAUUGCAGAUGGAAAGAGAAAGGUGUAAUAGCAUUGCCAAUGGAGAUUACAGUUACAGCGCGAAUGGAAUAUACAGUGAAAUUUGCAACGAUUACAGUAUUUUAGAGAAAGAAAGGGAUCAAAGUUCGCCGGAUCCGUCGUUACGGGGUAAUGGUUACAUUGAACAUCCCGUUUCCCGGUUCGAUACUAUGGCCGGCGUCGCCAUCAAGUACGGCGUUGAGGUAGCUGAUAUAAAAAAGAUGAACGGUCUGGUUACAGAUUUUCAAAUGUUUGCUCUUAAGUCAAUUCAGAUUCCUUUACCAGGGCGGCAUCCGCCGUCGCCUUGCUCGUCAAAUGGUUGCGAAGCAAUAGGACAAAACAAUGUGAACCAAACGACGGCCCAACAUUUGCCUCCCGAUUUGCUCGAUUCGUUCCAGUCGUUGAAAACGACUCAUCGAAGGGUCUCUCCUGCAAUGUCAUCAUUGCAAGGUUUCUAUGCCCUUAAAUCGACAGAAAGAAAUACGGUACCCGAAGGUUUCGAGAUGGCGGUAUACAGGAAAGGGGAAACUCAUUUUCCGGACGAUAGUCCGUUCUUGAAACCCUCCUCUGCUUCCUACCCAUCUUUGAAGCUUCAUCGGAAUUGUAAAAACAAAGCUAAUGCAUUUUUUGAUGAAAAUGGUGAAGUCGGAACCAAUGUCAUGUCUGUUGUAGAAGCUGCUAAAGAAAGUGAAGAUAAGUCGAAUGAGAAACUGUUCAAAAGGCGGCCAAAAUCGGAGGCCGACUGUACCCCUGAAAAGCUAUUGGAAGAUAACACCAGCACCGGAGGGUUUUCCACGAUAACAUCGAAAGGCUUGGCACUAAGAACCAAAGCAGCAAGCCGUACUAAUUUAUUAAUCGAUGCCGAGGUAGGGUUCAAUCCCGCUUCAAUAGGUAUCGGAGACGGUUUCGUGGUUGAUAAAUUUUCUGCAGUGAGGAAAUCAUAUAGUACGUCGAAUUUGCAAGAUCAAGAUGGUAGUACUAGUUUAUCAUCCCCCAUGACAGCGCCUAAAUGGAGCCGGAAGCCGGAUUUACAACCACUUUCAACCGCCGCCAUUACAGCAUCGUUUUUUGACGGAUUGUCGAUGCCAAUGUCCGCUCGUAAAAACAAAGCCGCUCUCGAUUAGCUCCCUAUCAACUUCACCAUAUUCCCCAGCUACAUCUCAAAUUCUUUUACUACAAUUGAGCCUCCUAAUAGCGGAUAAGUAUAUAUUAAUGCUGAAUGUACCCAAGAGGUCCAGACUUGAUCAAAUUAAUCUUUCUAUUUUUAAAUGAAGCAAAUAAU